UAAGUGUAAUGAUCAACCAUGAUUUCAGAGGACUCAGGAUGAAACAUGUUUCUUCAUAUCACUCUGCUCAUAGAGAGAGCUGAAUGAGUAAGUGCAGAUUGAAGCAUAUUUGGAGGGGGACCCAGCCCAUGUAGAAGUUUGUUUUACUUGACUAUACCUGUUUGUAACAGGACUUUUGUUGUUCUUGAUUUCUCAGUUGGGGGGGGAGAAUGGGUAGGGAGACAAAGAAGGUGGAUAUUUAGCUUGUGGAUGUUUAAGAAUUAAUUUUAAAAAUAAAACCAAAGAAUAUGAAUGGAGAAGAAAGGUCAGUAGAGCUCAUCUAAUCCAAAAUCUUACAGAAUUUUACAGAAGAAACUGAUAGAAGAGGCUGAGUGAUUUGUCAAAAGAAUUAGUAAUUUAUAGGGCCGAGAUUCAAAACCAAAUAUGCUGUCAACAAAUCCCAUGCUCUUUCCCUUAGGUGGCCUUCAAAGCCUUCCCUUAGGUAGCCUUCAAAGCCAACGCUUGGACUACAAUUACCAUGAGGCUUUACGAGGGUAGGGCCGUCAACAGUCCGGGUUCUUUUCAUGGCCCCACCCCUUUCCCCCAGCUGCUUCCGCCCUCUAGAAAGAAUGUCGCUGACGUCAGCCACGGUCCCGCGAUGGGAGGGGCGGAGUAUCAGGACUGUGGCCCGGCUACCUUGGGAUUUUGAGGGAAUUGGAUCGGAGGCUCACGGGCAGUCCUUAGGCCGCCAUGCCACAUUCCCGGCGGGUCAGUCACCUCCUGGACCUAUGCCUUUGGUGCUUGAUGAAGAAUAUUUCCAGAUAUGUCACAGACAUUAAACUUUUGCCUCCUAAUAUAAAAGAUAAGAUGAUUAAAAUAAUGAGUUUUCAAGGGCGAAUAACAGAUUCCAAUAUUAGUGAGAUUUUGCACCCUGAAGUAGAGUGUCUAGACCUCCGAAGCUGUGAUAUUUCAGAUAUUGCAUUAUUACAGCUUUGUAACUGCAGGAAACUGAAGAAAUUAAAUUUAAAUUCCUCAAAAGAAAGUAGAAUGUCUGUGACGUCAGAAGGAAUAAAAGCUGUUGCAUCAUCUUGCUCAUUCCUUUAUGAAGCCUCUUUGAAAAGAUGCAGUAAUCUCACAGAUGAAGGUGUCCUUGCCCUUGCCCUCAAUUGUCGGUUACUGAAGAUAGUUGACUUAGGUGGCUGCUCAGGUAUUACUGAUGUGUCUCUACAAGCCCUUGGAGAGAACUGUCCAUUUUUACAGAGUAUUGACUUUUCUGCUACUCAGGUAACUGACAGUGGUGUGGUUUCCCUUGUUAGUGGACUAUGUGCUAAGAAAUUAGAGGAAAUUCACAUGGGGCAUUGUGUAAAUCUGACUGAUGGUGCUGUGGAAGCUGUUCUUACUUGCUGCCCUCAGAUACACAUUUUACUCUUUCAUGAAUGCCCUCUGAUAACAGAUCAUUCCCGAGAAGUCUUGGAGCGGUUAGUGGGCCCAAACAAAAUCAAACAAGUGACGUGGACUGUUUAUUGAUGCUUAUUAAAAUACAAUGAUUUCUGCCAUUUUUCUUGGAAAUGAUUGUGGAGAUUGACUUUCCAUUUUUAUUUAAGCAUGCCAUAUUGAUUUAUUCUUUUUUUUAAACUGUCAGUCUCAAAAUGACUAGUUAUAUCUGCAGAUAUGCUAAAUUUUUGCUUUGAUGGUAAAACUAAACUCCAAAAUGCAAAUAAUACUGUUCCCAUUUCUGUGUUUCUUUAGGGAGUCACUAUUUUUUAAACGUUAUCAUUGUUGUGACUAUGACCUUUCUCAUUUGUUGGGAUUUUGUGUUUUUUUACACAUUAAAACCCAUGUGAAAUAUGUACAGAUUUAAAAUGACAUUUUCCCUGCUGCUUCUCUUUCUUACCUAAAUAACUGAUGAAUGACCACUAGGAGAAUAAAUUAAACUAAUUUACUUAAUUAAAUCUUUCCUAAUUCCCACCUUUCUAAUGGUAAGGGUCUACUUGCCAAAUAGCAAAUCUGAUCAUAAGCCCUUAAAAAUUUCUUUUAAAUCAGUUCUUCAGCCAAACAGGAAACAAACAUUUUAGUAAUAACUACAUCAUUCAUGACAUCAAAUUCCCUAUCAUUCAGCAGAGAAGUGUGAUAUCAGUUUGGUUCUAUCCCUAUCCUAUGACUUGAUUUAUUCAGUCUUUCUUGGCUUUCUUCCUCAAAUAUUUGUAGUUUAUAGUCUUAGAACUGAUGAAAAUGUUAACAAAAAAACUGGAGAUACUUGAAAUAAAAUCAUUAUGAUUUUACAUUCAGAAAGACUGAAUGAAGUAAUGCCUCAAAGAUUUCUGAUCUGCUUCAUGUUUACUUUUCUAGAAAGGAGAGAAUACCUUACUUAUUUUAUCUCCUACUUAUUGAGAGAUAUUUUAGACCCUUAUUUGGAAAGGAAUAAGGUAGAGAAGCUCUGUAAGAAUAUCUCAGAAAAUAAAUUAAUGCUCUGUUUAUAGCAGUGGAAGCAACUACCAGAGUACAGGAAGAUCGACCUUCCAUUCUGGCAUACCUAAUCUUAAAGGAAUUUGAGCACUAUUCAACAGAUGAAUUGCUAUUUUGUCUCCUAAGCCUAAUUUACCAAAAACAAUCACCUUGGAAGGAAAAGAAAAACUAAAUGACACCGUGAUUUAGGAGGAAAUCUGAACUUUAGGUUACACUUGUUUUUCAGUAUUAUCAAUGCCACAAUCCAAGUUUCUAGAAUUAUUGUUCUUAAUGAUGUUAUCUUUUACCUAUUUUGUUUUUUUUUAAACUCCAUUAACACAGAUCAGAAGUGAACUCACUAACCUAAGCUACUGAGGAAGGUAAACUGAAUUCACUAUGUUUUAACUACAGAACUAAAAUUUAAAGUUUUGAAGUAUUUCCUGUUUGAAGUGAUUUCCUUUUACUUAGAAAUUUGUUUCUGGCCACUUCACAUUCAGAAAAAGACCUUUUUCUUUCCAGAGAAAAAGGUAAAAGCCUUACCACUAACAUAACAUUCAGCUAUAAAUAAGAAAUGUCAUUAUAUGGUUAUAUAAUGAAAAUCUGCAGUUUCCAGAUAAUAAAAUAUAAACCUUGUAACUCUUUAAAUUGAAGUAGCUAGAUCAGAUGUGAUCACAAAUCUUUUCUUAGUUAUUCAGGGAUUGAAAGGGCAUUAUGAACUAAUUUAUCCUAAUGACCUGGAAGUGGGACUCCAUGUGUGCAUAUUUAGGUAAGCAUUUUUCCUUAAGAAGGAGGUUUUAUGGAAUUCUGUCCUUUAAACAUAAAACUUCUGUGAUAUGUCAAGAUCUUUCCUGUUUCACUUAAGUAUAAAAUGUUAUAAAAGAUUGUGUGUCACAAGUAGGGGAGAGGUUGAAUGGAGAGAGUGCUAAUAUAUGGUACAAAAUUGUUAAACAUGUUUUAGUGGAAAGGGUUUAUAUUUGGCAUUAUUUCUCUUUACUCUAUAUAUUCACCACUGGUUACUUCAUAAAUCCUACUAGUUGACAUUGUGCAUAUGUGACCAUUACAAAAAUAAUGUCAUUGUACAAAUGUUUAAAAUGGGUAGAAUUUUUUUUCCUGAGCUUGGUAUUGUUCUGAAACUUA